AUGUCGCAGCACACUUUGCUCGUCGUAGGAGGCGCCGGCUUUCUCGGCAGCGCCAUCUCCAAAGCUGCACUUGCAAAAGGAUGGCGAGUUCUCUCCGUCUCACCCUCUGGAACACCCUACCAUACACCAGCAGGGCACCGACCAGCAUGGUCAUCAAGUGCCAACAUCGAAUGGCAUGCUGCUGAUGCCCUCGACCCAUCAUCGUAUGCUCGUUUGGCUGACAGAGCAACUGCUGCCGUCCACACUGUAGGCAUCCUUCUGGAGUCCGACUACAAGUCCAAAUCCUCUUCAGCUUCGCCCAUUCGCAAUGCUCUUGCUGGUGUCGCUAAAGGAUGGGGCCUGCGGUUGCCUUGGUCUGGUGCAGACUCGAAUCCUCUUCACGCUUCCAAAUACCCGGACCCAUCGCAUUCGCCGCGCAGAGACGGACGCUUCAGCUACGAAAACAUGAACAGGGACAGUGCCAUUGCUGUUGCACACACUUUUCUCUCCUCCUUGAGACAUCGAUCCUUGCAUCCCAUCCAAGGCUCGAGCUCAGCAUCGAUCUCAGCUCCCGCACCCUUCAUCUACAUCUCAGCCGAAGAUCUCUUCCGACCCAUCGUCGAUGCAAGAUACAUCAGAACAAAGCGUCAAGCAGAGUCCGCAAUCGCACGCCUUGCCGCACAUCUCCAUCCUCCCUCCCCAUCUGGCACUGCUACACGAGACAGCUCCGAAGCCAUCCUCGACGCGGAUGGAGCAGGCUUGCAAGCAGAGCUUCGCGACGAACCUGCAUCGGACGCAGUGCACGCCAACGCCGCGAGCGAAGCCAGUUCGGAUUCGACAUCAAUUCAAGGUCUUGUCCGACCAGUCUUCCUCCGACCGGGCCUGAUGUACCACCCACAUACACGCCCAGGCUCGACAUUACCAGCAGCAAUCCUCGAAGCCUCUGCAGCACUUCACCGCUCUCCCCCCCUCCCGUUGCCUAUUCCGACACCGGCGCAACUCAUCGCUCGUCUUGGCGGCAACGACAGCAACUCUAGCUCUCAGUCCAUAGCUCGACUCCUCACCACGCCGCCACUACACAUCGAUACAGUCGCCAAAGCGGUCUGUGCGGCUAUCGAAGAUCAAAGCGUUUUUGGCGCGGUAGAUGUGUACGCAAUUAGGAAGUUGGCUGGGUGGAAAGAUGAUGCUUCGCUCAACGCAAGCGUUCAUAGUCAAGCCGUAGCUGGUGCUGCUAGACCAGCUUGGCCAUCUACCCAGCAGCAACCACUGCAACCACUGCAGGCUGCUCCGAGACCCACUUCUCCACAUGCAGUACGACACACUUCUGCAAUCACCCCCGCUGGUCAGCAGAGAAGGUUCACUUCUCCACCUCGCUCCACUCUCGCCUUAAGGAAGGGAAAGCAGUUGGUGGUCAAGCGAACCUUGUUCAAGCUUGCAGAUCUAGGCAAGCUCGCAUCUAGCGCCAUCUCUUCUGCCACUUCCAACAACACCACCAGCGGCGCCAAGCAGGGCAGUCGUUCGUACCGCGACUCUCAAGGUCGCACAGUCUAUGAAACGUCCAAGAUGCUCGCCCACCCUUCAGAUACGCUCUUCAGUGUAGUUGCUGACGUGGACUCCUACAAGCACUUCCUUCCUUACUGUCAAGACUCUCAUGUGCUUGGACCCGCAGAUCAGAACUCACCCAAUGCAGUGUUAGCAGAUCUGACAGUUGGCUUUGGAAGCUUCUGCGAGACUUAUACUUCCAAAGUCACCAUGGUGCGUGGAGAAAAGGGCAAGGGAGCAAGUGUGGUGGCAGAAGCUGUACAGCCCAAUCCUGUCUUUUCCUUCUUAUCGACCAAGUGGUCCUUUCAUCCGAUCAAGCAAGCCAACGAGACUCUGGUGGAGUUCAGUCUGGUCUACGCAUUCAGGAAUCCCGUCUACGGUGCGAUGGCAGGCAACCUAUUUGAACAGAUGAGUCGACAGAUGAUCGAUGCGUUUCAGACGCGCGCGAACAAGUUGCAUCCCAACACUUCUCCAUCUUGA